CUCUGUUAUAUAUAUUGGACCCUCUUAUUCAUUCUGAGAGAACAGCUCUCCCAUCGUGAGGAGAAACGACGAUACUCUGUCGAGAUCUCUCUCUCUCCAAGAUGGUGCAGUAUCGGGUGGAGGAGGAAGGGAAUAUUAACAAUGAGAUGGAGGGGAUUCCGGCGGAGCCCAUCUUGACUGCGCCGAUGACACUCGAGGGCGACAGCGACAACGCCAGCAGCCACAAGGCGCCGGGCAUCGUGCCCAAGGUCAUCAGCCUCUUCAAGUCUGUGCGCCCUGGCUCCGAUCUCACCAAGUUCCAGCUUCCUCCAACAUUCAACAUGCCAAAGUCUCAGCUUCAAUCCUAUGGUGAAUGUGUUUAUUCCAUUGGAGAAGAUCUGCUGGGCAGGUGCGCCGAGGGGAAGAGCAGCUUAGAGAGAUUCAAUGCAGCAGUUGCUUGGUGCAUCUCCACAACUAGGCCGGUUGCCUUUGGCAUGGCUCCUUUCAACCCCAUUCUUGGAGAAACGCAUCAUGUUUCCAUGGGAAGCCUCAAUGUCUUGCUUGAGCAGGUAUCCCAUCACCCACCUGUGUCAGCUCUUCAUGCAACAGAUGAGGGUAGGGGCAUUGAAUUGAUUUGGUGCCACACUCCUGUCCCAAGGUUCACUGGUGCAGCAGUAGAAGGUGUAAUUCAGGGGUAUAGGCAAAUAAGGCUACAGAAUUAUGGUGAGAACUAUGUGAUGGGUUGUCCCAAACUCGUUAUCAGAUUCCUGCCCAUUCCACUAGUUGAGUGGGUCGGAAACGUAACGGUCCGAUGCACUGAGUCGGGCCUUGAGGCCAUUCUGACCUACAAGGGACAGUCUAUUCUUGGAUUUGGAGGAAACAGAGUAAUUAAAGGGAAGGUUUUUGAUUCGUUGACAAAGACAACUUUAUACGAGCUCGAUGGUCAUUGGGACAAGGUGGUGACCAAGAAGGAAGUAGCAACUGGCAAAGUUUCUAUUCUAUACCAUGCAAGGAAAGCAUUAGCUGGACUCAGGACACCUGUACUGAAGGAUAAAAAGCAGGGGCUUCUACCAAGCGAGUCAUCCUUGGUCUGGGCUGAGGUGAGCAAAGCUAUUCUGAACAAUGAUUGGGACAGUGCUAGGGAAGCCAAGAAGAGGAUUGAAGAAAGAGAGAGAAAAUUACAAAGAGAAAGAGCCUCCAACGGAAUUUCAUGGUCCCCCAGGUACUUCAGCCUGGUGAGAACCAAGGAGAAUGGGUGGGAGUGCUCACCAAAGAAAUCCUUAGUUCAUGCAGCACCUAUUGUAAUUUGACUGUGAUAUAGAAAGUCCUACAGAAAAAGUGAAGAUGUGAUACUGUUCAUUUUUUUGCAUUGCCUUUGCAGAUCAAUGUUAUAUGACUUGUAUAAUAACAUAUAGGGGUCUCUCAUUCUCUUGCUCGUUU